UGCGUCGCUCGCACGUGGCACGUCGCGCUAAUUGAAUUCUAACGAGACGCAGAGAGUCGCGGAGCCCGGGGGAACGGCAUCGGAAAGGCCGCGCGACUCGCCGCCUUUGUUAGAGUCGCCUGGGAGCGUCGUUCGCGCCGCCGAAGCGACAAUUCCUCCGGUUUCGAUCGCAGUGCACCGGUGUUGUGCAGUCGCCAAUUAUCGUCGGGCCGCGAUCGUUAAUGAUAAUGGUCUCGAGCGAUGCACCAGCGAGACUGACAGAAAGGUGCGCGCACUCCGGAAACGUCGCGACAAAUGAAAGCGUCACUGCCGGCGUCGCGUAAGUUCCGUCGGUGAAGGACUUUGAAUUUGUGCGAACUGUGCGACCACACCUUUUAUCACCGUGAAAUAACGGAUGCCGGGAUCUGCAACGACAACCAUGGAGGCCGACGCGAACAUCAGCGACAUAUUGCGCGAGGUGAUCACAUUCCUGGAGAGCCUCCGGGACACCCAACUGCCGCUCGCGCUGGAGAGCCUGCGGGAGAAGCUGCUGGUGCGCUCGAAGGACAUCCUGACCGCCAGCGCGACCAGCUCGUCCCCGGAGCCUUACCUGAACAUGAACUCCGGCCCAAAGACCAUAUUGCUGACGAAGAACGAUGCCGAUACGGAGGAGUACGUGGGCAUGGAGGAGCCCCCGCAGAAGAACCAUCAGGAUUACUACGAGACUUUCGAGCACGAGAGCGAGCCCAAGACGCUGGCGUCAGUCGCGCAGAACGAGCAGACGGAAAUGCAAAAUGCUCAGGACACGCGGAACCACGGAGAGAAUAGCCAAGAGCUGCUCAACAUCUAUAAGAACCUGUCGGCGGCGCAGAGCAAGAACAAAUGUCACAAGUGCGGCCCGCUCCACCGGAAGGAAGGCAAGAAGUUAUUCAUGUCGGACAACCGCGCCUGCUGGAUCGCGCUGAUGGGGUCGCAUCUUCUGAUCUAUCGUAGCGAACGGCAUGGCCGGCCGUCUGCGAUUUAUCCCAUCCGCGGCUACAUGGCGCGACCGGCGACGAGUCUGCUCCCGCGUGACCGGCAGAAGAGCGACUUGGCCUUCGAGAUGUACUGCCCCGGCAGCGAGACGCUGCAGUUCAUCGCGAGGACGCCCAAGGACACGGCUCAGUGGAUAGCGAAGGUCUGCGAGGUCGGUGGAGGCAAGGAAGAGGCGGCAAGCGACGAAGCGGCGAGGGACCACGGGAUCAGCAAGAACAACAAGGCGACCAGCGAGUCCCCGGUGAGACAUCGCGAGGGCCACGCGACGAGCCCCCGACGUCAGAACCCCAAGUCAGCCGACAACGCGAAGAAGUCGACAGCCAAGGCGAAGAGCAACAGGAACGACGCCGGGAAACACAACAGCGUCGAGAACCCGCCCCCGCUGCCCGCUCGAAUACCUCGAAGACUGCCCUCUGUACCCUCCGACUCCGUACCUACUUACCGGGCCAUCGAGGACUACGAUGACGACGAUGACAUCUAUCACAAGAUCGAGGAUCUGAAUAACGGGAUGGCUUAUCAGAAUGUAAUGCUGGCGAAGACGCAACGCGCCAACGUCAGCGACAAAGAGCACGAGGACGCCGCAGGACACAACGGUACGUCCAAGGAAGGGAAGGAAGGACGAAUUCAGGAAAAGUCCGAUGCCGUAUCGGUCGAGGAGGAGCUGUACGACGAUAUCUUUGUAACGUCACAGACUAAAGCGAGCGGCAACGAGGAGGAGAAGGCGCUGGACGGCGAUCGUCCCGUUGACGACGGCGAAGAAUCCUUUUACGACGACGUAGAGAACUUACUGGGGAGAUCCACCAAGGACCACCGCGCGAAGGAUCAAACGGAAGCGUCGAGCAACAAGUUCCUGCAGAAGAAGUCCUUCUUGGAGAGAGUCUGGAGUAGAAGAGAGUCUCCUGGAAAAACGGACAAGAGAUUGCAAAGUAAGGUCUCAGCGAGUCCGACACCGUCGUCUUCAGCUACGGAAACGCCGUUGCCCACUUAUGACGACGUAUCCGAGUGGACACUGAUUCCGAGUGGACAGGAGUCCUCGGCGAACGAUGGGGGGGAAGAAUUGCCGGAAUACAAUUGCCCUCCGCCUCCCAGGCCGGUUUACACGAAAUCACCGAUCGUGAAGCAAGUCGAGUCGUAUUCGGGCGAGGAAUUUUACGACGACGUCAACGCGUGUCGUGAACAAUAUAAUAAAAAUCACCAGCAGACAGCCUUGCAAUCGACGCGAGGGUCCUCGGCAAACGCGAGGGAAGCUAAGGACGACAGGACGGAGCCGAGGACGAACGGCGAGCUUCCCGAAGAAGAAGUCGAGCACUAUCAGUCGCCGAGGAGCGAGCUGCGCGUUCACGAGGCUCCAGAGUACCAGAACGAGGAACUGUACGACGACAUCGCGUUGUGCGCCAAUUUCAAGGCGCGUCAAAGAGACGCUAACGAAAACAAGGACAGCGAGGACGGCAAGUCGACGGUCGGUUCUGACAAGAAGUCGUGGAAUCGGUUCAGCAUGAAUAAGAAGUUGCCCGGUCUCGCCGAGACGAACAGACGCAACGCGAAUGAGUGCGAGGAGAUCGACGACCCGGCCGAGGCUAAUAACGCGUCCAAGAGGAACACUUUCCAGAAGUUGAUCAGUAAAAUGGAGAAUUCCCUGUCUAAGGUCUCCGUGAGGGGCCCGAAUUCACUCCCGAUUAGCAAACCGAGUACAGCGAGUAACAAUUCGUAACGUCGUCGAAUAAAGGAAGAUGGCGGCCGGACAGCCGAACAGCGCGACGCUCACGUGAAACACGUAGGAAGAAAAGUAAUUUGUAAAGCGUGUAGAAUUCACCUAAUAUUAAGAAUAUCUUUAAUUCGCCUUACUCUUUCUCGACUUGCGUGAUGCGCGAAACGUCUCUUUCUUUUUUACCACAUGUUUGAGAUGAGAUCGUGAAGGAUCUUCGACUCGUUCCAUCGGAAGAGUCGGGCGCGAUUUGGCCCGUCGAAGUCACGCAGGCGAGGCGAGAGACGUCAAUAUACAUCUUCACGCGUAUGCAUAAGUCAUUAAAUGUAUAAGUUACAAUGUUAUUAAUGAUGUAUGACAAUGAUGUACAUCGGUAUAGAGUAAGUGAGCAAAUAAAAUGUGAGAGGAUAGAGUUAUUAAUUCAGCGAUUAGAUUACUCAUCCUUUGCGAUUGCGAUUGCAAAACUCAUGACGUUGUUGGUCCUCCCCCCGCCACUUACAGUGUCAGUCAAGUUUUCAUUUAGUUACGGUUCAAUUAGACGCGAAACUGCUAGCUAAACGCUAAACGCACAACUUUGUUUGGCGUUUAUUAUUUCUUUUUAUUAUGUAAUUCGUUGUAUCGUUAGUAUAGUCGUUGGUAUAAAGUAGUAACUACUUUGAAUUAACUGCUAAC